AUGAUGAAACGGCGGAAUCCUACUGCAAUAGGGCCUGCACCAUCCUACUGCAAUAGGGCCUAUACCAUCCGAGUGGAGCUGCUGACCAUUGGACAGGAGGUCCACAUGGCCACGUUUGCCGCCCACGUGCUGAAGGGCCUACCACCGAAGUAUGGAUUUCUUCGCCGCAAGCUCGAAAUCUCCAGCCCUGACAUGACGGUGGAACGCGUGUGCAGCGAGGUGUUGAUGGAGGAGCAGACUCUCUCCAUCGAACAGAGUUACAAGCAGAUCACUAGCGAUGCAUCUGCUUUCUCGGGCGCUGUCAUCACCAUCGUGGCUACAACGGGGGUCAACGGGAAGGAAGAAAAAGGGGGAAGGGAGCAGACGGACAAGAUGAAAGAUGGCAAGCGGGAGAAGAAGCGAGCCCCCUUCAAGGGGCGCUGCUACAACUGCAAUGAGGAGGGGCACAUGGCUGCCAAGUGCCCCAACAAGAAGAAAUAUACAACGCUCGCGGCAGCCUCGACCGUAGCUGAAGGAGACGGGAAGGGCGUGGCGCUCACUGUCACGUGUUUGGCUGCAAAGUUGCUGGCCGACGACAAGGACUUGUGGUUCCUUGACUCAGGAUGCUCCCAAUACAUGACCGGCCGCAAGGAGUGGUACACGGUGAUCCGUGACCCAUCUGCAACGAAAUCAGUCAAAGGGUUUGAUGGUUCUAUGCACGAAGUUGCUGGUGUUGCAAGGAACGGUGCAACAGCUGCAGCGGCAUGCAACGGCACGGCGGCUGCAUCGGCAUGCACCGAUAUGGCGGGUGGAGCGGCGAGCAACGGCACAGGGGCUGCAUCGGCAUGCAACGGCACGGCGGCUGCAGCGGCAUGCACCGAUAUGGCGGGUGGAGCGGCGAGCAACGGCACAGGGGCUGCAUCGGCAUGCAACGGUAUGCCUAAGGCAUUUGCUGAGGUGGUGUCAAGCGCGCCACAAGAGAAUGACGAAGCAGCCAGCCUCACAACAUAUGCGGUGGGGACCGAGGCGAUGCUUAACCUGCGGCACACUCACCUUGAGAAUGACCAUGCUGGUGCGGUGCAAUGGACAGCCACAAACAGUGGUAUGCUAGGCAUGGACCUAGAGAAAGGAGGGGAGGACACGUCGAGUGCCUCCUCCCAAGAAGCCAAACUCACUCGUCAAACGCUUCCGCUGCCUGACGAGCGAGAGGGGGAGCCCACUCCUCCACUCCCAUGUCAUUCUAGCAGGUCCAACAAGGGUAUGCCACCUGUACGGUUUCCCAAAGCAACCAUGACAGCCUCGGAUGCGGACGAUGGCAACAACAUGUACGACAUGGCAUUCCUUGCUGGAGGUGUUUAUGGCACGGACAUCUACUAUGAUGUGGAGUACUUGGAUGAGGCUGAUGAGGAGGAAGGGGGAUUGGGGAGCGUCAUCAUCAACCUCGGAGUAACCUUGACCGGACCUGAAGGCAAGGUGGUGGACAAAGGUCUCCUCGUGGUAAAAUACAUGUCAUCCACGGAAGGCUAUCUUGGUCUGCAGAUUGUGCGCGACCGCCCCAACAAGACACUCCUCCUGCACGAGAAUGCAUAUGUGCGAAGAUGCAGCAACGGUUCUUCAAGGGGGCGCCACCGAAGAAGCAACUGA